AUGGCCUUUUUGUUUAAAUCGAAGAAGAAUCCGGCAGGCCAGCCGCUUCCCACGGCCACGCGAAACAUUCACACCUCCGAAGGAGCUCCGUCGACCGGGAGUUCCAUGGCCAACGGUGUCAAGGGGGAGGGCCCGCUGUCCCAAACCCCAACGCCCAGCAGCAGUUUUAACAACUCGCUGAAUUCGGCCUCGGCCACCAGCCCGACAAGUCCUGAUGGCGUGCGACGACAGAGAGCCGAAUCGGAUUCACAGGUUCAACGACCUCCACAAUCCACGAAUGGCGCUUCUCCUUCUAGCCCCGGCUCAUCCCUCUACCCGUGGUCCCAAAGACGCCUCAAUUUCUCCUCGGCUCAAGCAAAUCCUUUUCCGCGGUAUGGCGCAGCCAUCAACUCGGUUGCGUCGAAGGAAGGGGACAUCUACAUGAUGGGCGGUCUCAUCGAUGGAUCGACGGUGAAGGGAGAUCUGUGGAUGAUCGAGAGCAGCGGUGGUAGUCUAUCUUGCUUCCAGGUUGCCACGGUUUCCGAAGGCCCGGGACCUCGCGUCGGCCACUCGAGUUUGCUCGUCGGGAACGCUUUCAUCGUGUUCGGUGGCGACACGAAAAUCGACGAGAAUGAUAACUUGGACGACACGCUGUAUCUGCUGAAUACCUCCUCUCGCCAGUGGUCCCGUGCUAUCCCUCCGGGACCUCGACCCUCCGGACGAUAUGGCCACACAUUGAGCAUCCUGGGCUCUAGGCUCUAUGUGUUCGGUGGUCAGAACCCGUCGAACAAAUGGGAGUUCCUUAUCCAGAACAGCCAUGAAGGCGGUCCUCCCGUUGGUCAAAUCCCUCCUGCUCGCACCAACCACACAAUGGUGAGCUACCAGGACAAAUUAUAUCUGUUCGGUGGAACGAACGGUGUGCAAUGGUUCAAUGAUGUAUGGGCCUUCGAUCCCCGUUCUAAUACCUGGUCUGAGAUGGAUUGCGUGGGAUUCAUUCCGACGCCCAGAGAAGGUCAUGCGUCUGCAUUGGUCAACGAUGUGAUGUACGUGUUUGGCGGUCGGACCGAUGAGGGAAUGGACCUGGGCGAUCUGUCUGCUUUCCGUAUCAGCACCCGGAGGUGGUACUCCUUCCAGAACAUGGGUCCUGCGCCGUCCCCUCGCUCUGGUCACAGCAUGACCGCCUUUGGGAAGCAAAUAAUCGUCCUUGCCGGUGAACCUAGUUCCGCCCCGAGAGAUCCUGCCGAGCUCAGCAUGACGUACAUCCUCGACACUUCUAAAAUUAGGUAUCCCAAUGAUACCCAGGCAUCUGCUCCCGGCACUCGGAAAGUAAGUAUCGAAAAGCAAGGUCCUCUGUCUGGGCGUACCUCUCAGCAAGCCCAGAAUGCCUCCUCAGGGCUGCCGCCACGCGGACCAUCUCGCGAAAGUUCGAGCCCAGCCGCCAUCUCUGGCAGACCUGGGGAAUAUGGAACGAACCCCAUGGGUCCUGGAUCUCGACUCCCGCGUGCAUCAAUCGCACAGGCUCCGUCCGGGCCACCACCACCUGGUCAAGCUCCCUCGCCGGGACCUCGAGGCAACGGACCCCAAGGGAGCUUGAAUUCUCGAAGCAAGACUCCUACGAAAACGACCGAUGUCCGUGUUACCGAAAGAGCAGAGUCACCGGUCGCAAAGGAUGCGCCACAGGAUAUGUCAGACCCUCCGUCAGCUGGUCGCCGCACCCCGACCCAGGCACAGCAGAAGAUAACUGCGAAGGCAAUGGAAGUAGGCGAGGCAGCCCCGAUGAUCAGUGCUCCCGGCCGACAGCGUUCUCUGCGCUCACAACGUGCACGUGGUUCCGUCGACAGUAAUGAAGAGUCCGUUCUUGGCCGACAUGCAAGCAUCGACGGUUCCGUUCGGAGUCACCGCGGUUCGAAGAGUCUUGGUGAAGAACCUCACUCUCCUAGGUUGACACCCCACCAGGAAGCUUUGUUCAAGGAGCUCGAAUCCACCAAGGCUCGAAAUGCUUGGUACGCAUCCGAGCUAGCUCUGGCAAAGAAGGCAGGCUAUGUUCCAAAUACCUCAACCAGCCCUGCCUUGGAGGAGCGCGUUGGUGACGCUCUAAACGACGACGACCGUCCCUUGAUCGAGGCUUUCCUUGCCAUGAGGGCCGAGCUGGCCAAAAUGCAAGCCACUGUGGACCGACAGGCGGCUAUCGCCUCGAAGCGGGUCGCAGAAGUUGAGCACCAGCGCGACGCAGCAGUCAAUGAGGCGGUCUAUGCCCGUGCCAAGCUUGCUGCCCACGGUGGCAGUCAGCGAGGCACUCCUCAGCCAGAUGGCUCCCGCGACGGAGACAGUACAUCCGAACGCUCCACUGACAUGGGCCGUCGCCUUGCACUGGCCUUGGCCGCUCAGUCAGAACUCAAAGGGAGACUAGAUGUCCUGACAACUGAGCUCAGGCAAGAAAAACAGGCGAAGGAUCUGGCAGAAGAAACGAACGAAGCUACUCGGAAACGCCUGGCCGAGCUCGAAAUGCAGACCAAUACUUUGGAAGUGGAGAGUCUUCGGGCCGAGCUUCACCAAUCGCAGGCUUCAGCCAGAGGGGAGGCUUUGUUGCGCGCAGAGGCCGAGGCGUCUCUCAAGCAACUCCUUCUUGACAAGGAGGAGCUGUCGAAGCAUGUCGAGGACUCGUCAGCCCGGCUCAAGGAUUUCGGUUCGAACUUCGGCAGUUUGCGAGAAGCUGUGGCUGCUUCUGCUGCCAAGACCGCGCUUGUCGAAAAGCAGUUGCAGGAGGAGCGAGAACGCAGGGAGGGCUUGGAACGGAAGCUCUUGCAGCUCCGUUCCGAGCAUGAGGAACGAACCACCGAACUGGAAAACACCACUCGCCGCCUGAGAGAUGCAGAGGAGCUGGCCGAUAUCCACGCGAAGGAGGCAGAGACGCACAAGCUUGCAUUUGUGUCUGGUCUGGAACGUGCAUCGUCCACCGACUUAGACGGCUCGAUCCGCUCGCGUGCUGAUGAGCGGGUUGCUGCCUUGGAGGCUCAAGUUGAACGGUCUAGUGCUCUGGCCAAAGCCAACCAGAGCGCGGCCGAUGCAGCCGCAGAGAAAUUGCGGCGCGCAGAGGAGCGAAUUGCUGGUCUUGAAACGUUCCAAGAGCAGGCUAGCCGAGAGGGUCUGCAACUCCGCAGGCAACUUCAGGCUGCCAUGAAAGAAAGCCAGGCUGCCUCCGCGGAGAGCCGGGACCUGAAGUCUCAGCUCGAAACUCAGGUGCGCGAAGCUGCAGCUCUUUCUAUUCAACAUGCUGCUCUGAAGGAUCUCCUCGGAGAGCGUGGAAUCAGUUCGGACAGCAGACGGUCUCCCCGGCUCGAUUCUCCAGGCUCACGCUUUGGCACUCCGGAGCAAAGUCGGUUGAAGGAGCUGGAGCAGCAGCUGUCGGCUAGCAUCAAGGCGCACGAUGAUCUGAAGGUCACUUUUGAAACCCGUGAGCAGGAAGCUGACCGAACAUUCAAAGAGAAGCUUGAACAGCUUGAGAACGAUUACCAGUCAGCUGUUCACUACGUCAAAGGCACCGAAAAGAUGCUCAAGCGUAUGAAGGAUGAGCUUUCCCGGUAUAAGACCCAAAAUGCCAAACUCCAAUCUGAGUUGGAGGGCGCCCACAAGAACCUGGAGGAGCGCUCCGCCAGCCAAGCGUCUUCGGCAUCUGCGGAGUGGGAACUUGAGCGCUCGAAGCUGCAGCAGUCGAUUUCAGAUCUCCAGAACAAUACUUCGUCAUCCAUUACUGGGUUGGAGAAUCAAAUUAAACAGUUGAAGGAGGAGCUUGCUGCCGCCGAUGUGUUAAGGGAAAGGUCGCAGGCUGACCACGAACGCGUCAAGCAGCAAUUACUUGCUGCCGCCGAGCAGAGCCGCACGGAACUGGAGCAGAUCAAGCACGAAAACAGUAUGCUCGAGGGCCGUGCCACGGACGCUGAACAAAAGGUGAACAUGCUCUUGGAGCAGGUUGAAACCUCUGUGACCCAUUAUCGCCGACAGUCUCAGCACGGGGGUCUCAAUGGCCUCUCACGCAGCCACAGCAAUGCGUCCAGCAUGACCGGUGGUGGCCGGGCACGAGCUGACAGCAACAUCUCGCAAGACGACUCCUUCCUCCCUGAUAACCGGGGCUCCAUGGCGCUGGACUCCCUCGCCAACGAGUUGGAUGCCCUACGCAGCCACUGGGAGAGCACCAACCGCAACUACCGCCUGAGCACCCAGCUGGAUAUGGACCGCACCCCGACCAAGGAGGACAGUAACGGGCCAGCGAUGAUGAGCGAGAACCUCACUGAAUGGCGGAGGAGAUUGGAUGAGGAGGAACGGGCCGGCAAGUCCACCAAGGUGAACAAUAAUGGGACCCCAGACAACUCGUCAAGCGUUGCCUGA